AUGCAAAUAAAGGUAAAAACAUUGACUGGUAAAGAAAUAGCCAUCGAGGUACAAGGAAGUGAUAAGGUGUUCCAUAUCAAAGAUCUUUUAGAAGAAAAAGAAGGUAUCCCUCCAUCACAACAGAGACUAAUUUUCCAAGGCAAACAAAUAGAUGAUGAACAAACCGUUGAAUCUGCAAAUUUAAUAGAUGGAAUGCAACUGCAUUUGGUUCUAACUUUAAGAGGUGGUAAUUAG